GAAGAGGGGGCACCCCUCCUCAGACCCGCACCCCUGCCCUCCACGGGGUGCCCCCUUUCUCUCUCCUGGUGUCGAGGCUGCUUCGUCGAAGGUAGUCCUGAACCGGAGGCUGGGCGCGAAGCGAAGAAGCCGGAACAAAGUGAGGGGGGAGCCUGCCGGCUGGCCCAGGGGAUCGCCCCGGGGGCCCGGGGAAAGCGGGACUCGCGCCCGAAGGGGCUUCUCUGCCACCCGGGGCCCCGCGGGCAGCAUGCCCCUGCGGGCAGGGGGAGCUGGGCUGAACUGGCCUUCCCGGGGGCUCAGCUCGCGCCCUAGAGCCCCCCAGAUGCGCCCCCGCCUGGGCCCCCCGGUGGCGUGAGGGCACCUCCUCUGAGGGGCGCCGCUCGCCCCUCUCCGGGCCGCCCCGGGGGCUCCCCCCCACCCCCGGCUGGCCGGAGGAUGGACGAGGAGGAGGAUGGAGCGGGCGCUGAGGAGUCGGGACGGUCCCAGAGCUUCACGCGGCGCAACGACCUGUCGGGGGCCGGGGGCCAGCCGGGGUCGGCGGAAAAGGACCCGGGCAGCGCGGACUCCGAGGCGGAGGGGCUGCCGUACCCGGCGCUGGCCCCCGUGGUUUUCUUCUACUUGAACCAGGACAGCCGCCCGCGGAGCUGGUGUCUCCGCACGGUCUGUAACCCCUGGUUUGAGCGUAUCAGUAUGCUGGUCAUCCUUCUCAAUUGUGUGACCCUCGGCAUGUUCCGACCUUGUGAGGAUAUUGCCUGCGACUCUCAGCGCUGCCGAAUCCUGCAGGCCUUUGAUGACUUCAUCUUUGCCUUCUUCGCGGUGGAAAUGGUGGUGAAGAUGGUGGCGCUGGGAAUCUUUGGGAAAAAGUGUUACCUGGGAGAUACUUGGAAUCGGUUGGACUUCUUCAUCGUCAUCGCAGGGAUGCUGGAGUACUCACUGGACCUGCAGAAUGUCAGCUUGUCAGCGGUCAGGACAGUUCGCGUGCUGCGACCGCUCCGGGCCAUUAACCGGGUGCCCAGCAUGCGCAUCCUGGUCACCCUGCUGCUGGACACGCUGCCCAUGCUGGGCAACGUCCUGCUGCUCUGCUUCUUCGUCUUCUUCAUCUUUGGCAUCGUGGGUGUGCAGCUGUGGGCAGGGCUGCUUCGGAACCGAUGCUUCCUGCCCGAGAACUUCAGCCUCCCCCUGAGUGUGGACCUGGAGCGCUAUUAUCAAACAGAGAAUGAGGACGAGAGCCCCUUCAUCUGCUCGCAGCCGCGCGAGAACGGCAUGCGCUCCUGCCGCAGUGUGCCCACCUUGCGUGGUGAUGGUGGUGGUGGCCCACCCUGUGGCCUGGACUACGAGGCCUACAACAGCUCCAGCAACACCACCUGUGUCAACUGGAACCAGUAUUACACCAACUGCUCUGCAGGGGAGCACAAUCCCUUCAAGGGGGCCAUCAACUUCGACAACAUUGGUUAUGCCUGGAUUGCCAUCUUCCAGGUCAUCACACUGGAGGGCUGGGUGGACAUCAUGUACUUCGUCAUGGAUGCCCACUCCUUCUACAACUUCAUCUACUUCAUCCUCCUCAUCAUCUUCUCAGAGACCAAGCAGCGAGAAAGCCAGCUGAUGCGGGAGCAGCGUGUACGCUUCCUCUCCAACGCCAGCACCCUGGCUAGCUUCUCUGAGCCAGGCAGCUGCUAUGAGGAGCUGCUUAAGUACCUGGUCUACAUCCUUAGGAAGGCAGCCCGUAGGCUGGCCCAGGUGUCUCGGGCAGUGGGUGUACGGGCCGGGCUGCUGAGCAGCCCAGCACCCCUCGGGAGCCAGGAGCCCCAGGCUGGCAACAGCUCUUCUCACUCCCGCCGACGCCUGUCUGUCCACCACCUGGUGCACCACCACCACCACCAUCACCACCACUAUCACCUGGGUAACGGGACACUCAGGGCACCCCGAGCCAGUCCAGAGAUCCAGGACAGGGAUGCCAAUGGGUCCCGCCGGCUCAUGCUGCCACCACCCUCAACACCCACCCUCUCCAGGGGCCCUCCGGGGGGUGCCGAGUCUGUGCACAGCUUCUACCAUGCUGACUGCCACUUGGAACCAGUCUGCUGCCAGGCACCCCCUCCCAGGUCCCCUUCAGAGGCAUCAGGCAGGACUGUGGGCAGUGGGAAGGUGUAUCCCACCGUGCAUACCAGCCCUCCACCAGAGAUGCUGAAGGAAAAGGCGUUAGUGGAGGUGGCCCCCAGAUCUGGGCCCCCCACCCUCACCAGCUUCAACAUCCCUCCCGGGCCCUACAGCUCCAUGCACAAGCUGCUGGAGACACAGAGCACAGGCACCUGCCAGAGCUCUUGCAAGCUCUCCAGUCCUUGCUUGAAGGCUGACCGUGGAGCCUGUGGUCCCGACAGCUGCCCCUACUGUGCACGGGCAGGCUCAGGGGAGGUGGAACUUGCUGAGCAUGAGAUGCCUGACUCGGACAGCGAGGCGGUGUAUGAGUUCACACAGGAUGCCCAGCACAGUGACCUCCGAGACCCACACAGCCGGCGGAGACGACCAAGUUCAGGCCGAGAGGCGGAGCCCAACUCCGUGCUGGCCUUCUGGAGGCUCAUCUGUGACACCUUCCGGAAGAUCGUGGACAGCAAGUACUUUGGCCGGGGAAUCAUGAUUGCUAUCCUGGUCAACACACUCAGCAUGGGCAUCGAGUACCACGAGCAGCCAGAAGAGCUGACCAAUGCCCUGGAAAUCAGCAACAUCGUCUUCACCAGCCUCUUUGCCCUGGAGAUGCUGCUGAAGCUGCUCGUGUAUGGCCCCUUCGGCUACAUUAAGAAUCCCUACAACAUCUUUGAUGGCGUCAUUGUUGUCAUCAGCGUGUGGGAGAUCGUAGGCCAGCAGGGGGGCGGCCUGUCGGUGCUGCGGACUUUCCGCCUGAUGCGGGUGCUGAAGCUGGUGCGCUUCCUGCCGGCGCUGCAGCGGCAGCUUGUGGUGCUCAUGAAGACCAUGGACAACGUGGCCACCUUCUGCAUGCUGCUUAUGCUCUUCAUCUUCAUCUUCAGCAUCCUGGGCAUGCACCUCUUCGGCUGUAAGUUUGCAUCCGAGCGGGACGGGGAUACACUGCCGGACCGCAAGAAUUUUGACUCCCUGCUGUGGGCCAUUGUCACCGUCUUUCAGAUCCUGACCCAGGAGGACUGGAACAAAGUCCUCUACAACGGCAUGGCCUCCACGUCAUCCUGGGCCGCCCUCUAUUUCAUCGCACUCAUGACCUUCGGCAACUAUGUGCUCUUUAACCUGCUGGUCGCCAUUCUGGUGGAGGGCUUCCAGGCGGAGGGAGAUGCCACCAAGUCAGAGUCGGAGCCUGAUGUCUUCUCGCCCAGCCUGGAUGGUGAGGGGGACAGGAAGAAGCACUUGGCCUUGGUGUCCCUGGGGGAGCACCCAGAGCUGCGGAAGAGUUUGCUGCCUCCUCUCAUCAUUCACACAGCCGCCACACCCAUGUCGCUGCCCAAGAGCAACAGCACGGGCCUGGGCGAGGCUCUGGGUCCCGGCUCCCGCCGCACCAGCAGCAGCGGCUCCGCCGAGCCCGGGGCAGCCCCCGAGAUGAAGUCACCGCCAAGUGCUCGCAGCUCCCCGCACAGUCCCUGGAGUGCGGCCAGCAGCUGGACCAGCCGGCGUUCUAGCCGCAACAGCCUGGGCCGCGCCCCCAGCCUCAAGCGGAGGAGCCCAAGUGGGGAGAGGCGGUCCCUGCUGUCCGGUGAGGGCCGGGAGAGCCAGGACGAGGAGAGCUCGGAGGAGGAGCGGGCCAGCCCUGCCGGCAGUGACCGUUGCCACAGGGGCUCCCUGGAGCGGGAAGCCAAGAGCUCCUUUGACCUGCCGGACACGCUGCAGGUGCCUGGGCUGCACCGCACAGCCAGUGGCCGCAGCUCUGCCUCUGAGCACCAGGACUGCAAUGGCAAGUCAUCUUCGGGGCGCCUGGCCCGGGCCCUGCGGCCCGAUGACCCCCCAUUGGAUGGGGAUGACGGCGAUGACGAGGGCAACCUGAGCAAAGGGGAACGGAUCCGAGCAUGGGUCCGGGCCCGGCUCCCUGCCUGCUGCCGCGAGCGAGACACUUGGUCUGCCUACAUCUUCCCUCCUCAGUCGAAGUUCCGCCUCCUGUGCCACCGGAUCAUCACCCACAAGAUGUUUGACCACGUGGUCCUUGUCAUCAUCUUCCUCAACUGCAUCACCAUUGCCAUGGAGCGCCCCAAAAUCGACCCUCACAGUGCUGAACGCAUCUUCCUGACCCUCUCCAACUACAUCUUCACCGCAGUCUUUCUGGCCGAAAUGACAGUAAAGGUGGUGGCACUAGGCUGGUGCUUUGGGGAGCAGGCCUACCUGCGCAGCAGCUGGAACGUGCUGGAUGGGCUGCUUGUGCUCAUUUCGGUCAUCGACAUCCUCGUGUCCAUGGUCUCAGACAGCGGCACCAAGAUCCUGGGCAUGCUCAGGGUGCUGCGGCUACUGAGGACCCUGCGCCCACUCAGGGUCAUCAGCCGGGCACAGGGGCUGAAGCUGGUGGUGGAGACGCUGAUGUCCUCACUGAAGCCCAUCGGCAACAUUGUGGUCAUCUGCUGUGCCUUCUUCAUCAUCUUCGGCAUCCUGGGCGUGCAGCUCUUCAAAGGCAAGUUCUUCGUGUGUCAGGGCGAGGACACCAGAAACAUCACCAACAAGUCGGACUGUGCCGAGGCCAGUUACCGGUGGGUUCGACACAAGUACAACUUCGACAACUUGGGCCAGGCCUUGAUGUCCCUGUUUGUGCUGGCCUCCAAGGAUGGCUGGGUGGACAUCAUGUACGAUGGACUGGAUGCCGUGGGAGUGGACCAGCAGCCCAUUAUGAACCACAACCCCUGGAUGCUGCUCUACUUCAUCUCGUUCCUGCUCAUCGUGGCAUUCUUCGUCCUGAACAUGUUUGUGGGCGUGGUGGUGGAGAACUUCCAUAAGUGCCGGCAGCACCAGGAGGAAGAGGAGGCCCGACGACGGGAGGAGAAGCGCCUGCGAAGACUGGAGAAAAAGAGAAGGAAUCUAAUGCUGGACGAUGUAAUUGCUUCCGGCAGCUCAGCCAGUGCUGCGUCAGAAGCCCAGUGCAAACCCUACUACUCCGACUACUCCCGUUUCCGGCUACUUGUCCACCACUUGUGCACCAGCCACUACUUGGAUCUCUUCAUCACGGGUGUCAUCGGGCUCAAUGUGGUCACCAUGGCCAUGGAGCACUAUCAGCAGCCCCAGAUCCUGGACGAGGCUCUAAAGAUCUGCAACUACAUCUUCACCGUCAUCUUCGUCUUAGAGUCUGUCUUCAAACUUGUGGCCUUUGGCUUCCGACGUUUCUUCCAGGACAGGUGGAACCAGCUAGACCUGGCCAUUGUGCUGCUCUCCAUCAUGGGCAUCACGCUGGAGGAGAUAGAGGUCAAUGCCUCACUGCCCAUCAACCCCACCAUCAUUCGCAUCAUGAGGGUGCUGCGCAUUGCCCGAGUGCUCAAGCUGCUGAAGAUGGCUGUGGGCAUGCGAGCGUUGCUGGACACAGUGAUGCAGGCCCUGCCCCAGGUGGGGAACCUGGGACUUCUCUUCAUGUUGUUGUUUUUCAUCUUUGCAGCUCUGGGCGUGGAGCUCUUUGGAGACCUGGAGUGUGACGAGACACACCCCUGUGAGGGCCUGGGCCGGCAUGCCACCUUCCGGAACUUUGGCAUGGCCUUCUUGACCCUCUUCCGGGUCUCUACCGGGGACAACUGGAACGGGAUCAUGAAGGAUACACUCCGGGACUGCGACCAGGAGUCCACCUGCUACAACACAGUCAUCUCCCCCAUCUACUUCGUGUCCUUUGUGCUCACGGCACAGUUCGUGCUGGUCAACGUGGUGAUUGCGGUGCUGAUGAAGCACCUGGAGGAGAGCAACAAGGAGGCCAAGGAAGAGGCCGAGCUGGAGGCCGAGCUGGAGCUGGAGCUGAAGACACUCAGCCCGCAGCCCCAUUCGCCGCUGGGCAGCCCCUUCCUCUGGCCUGGGGCCGAGGGUCCUGACAGCCCUGAUGGCCCCAAGCCUGGAGUUCCCCAGCCAGAAGCCCACCCAAGAGCAGCCUCCCGCAUCUCUCUGGAGCACCCCACGAUGGAGCCUCACCUCGAGGAGGUGCCCAGCACCCCGGGACCAGACCUGCUGACUGUGCGCAAGUCUGCGGUCAGCCGGACGCACUCCCUGCCCAACGACAGCUACAUGUGCCGGGACGGGAGCACCGCCGAGGGGUCCCAGGGAGCCAGUGGCUGGGGGCUCCCCAAGUCCCAGUCAGGCUCUGUCUUGUCCUUCCACUCCCAGCCAGCAGACACCAGCUACAUCCUGCAGCUUCCCAAAGAUGCACCUCACCUGCUCCAGCCCCACAGCACCCCUACCUGGGGCACCAUCCCCAAACUACCCCCUCCAGGCCGCUCCCCUUUGGCUCAGCGGCCCCUCAGGCGCCAGGCAGCAAUAAGGACGGAUUCCUUGGAUGUUCAGGGCCUUGGCAGCCGGGAAGACCUGCUGUCGGAGGUGCACGGGCCGUCCCCGCCGCUGGUCCGCUCCUCCUCCCUCUGGGCCCGCCCAAGCAGCCAGGCCCAGCAGCACUUGUGCAGCCACAGCAAGAUCUCGAAGCACAAGGCCCUGCCAGCCCUUUGCCCUGGCCAGGAGCCCGGCCAGAGCAAGGGCCCUCCAGAGAGCAGAAGCAGCUUCGAGCUGGACACUGAGCUGAGCUGGCUUUCAGGGGACCUCCCACCCCUGGGCAGCCAGGAGGUGCCAUCCUCCCCACGUGACCUCAAGAAGUGCUACAGCGUGGAGGCCCAGGGAUGCCGGCGCCGGCCCGGGGCCUGGCUGGAUGAGCAGAGGAGACACUCCAUUGCCGUCAGCUGCUUGGACAGCGGGGGUGGCUCCCAAGCCCAUCUGGGCCCUAUCACCUCGGGCCUCCCUGGCCAGCAGCCUCUCGGGGGUCCUGGGAGCCGGCCCAAGAAAAAACUCAGUCCACCCAGCAUCUCUAUAGACCCUCCUGAGAGCCAGGGCACGCACCUCAGGGCCAGCCCCGGGGUCUGCCUGCGGAGGAGGGCUCCACCCAGUGACACCAAGGACGCCUUGACCUUGGGCCCUCCUGAGAGCUCGGCUGCCUUGCCCUCCCCAAAGAAAGACGUGCUGAGUCUCUCGGGUCUGUCCUCUGAGCUGGCAACCCUGGACCCAUGA